AUGAGUGCUCACCGAGGACGACCACGGACUCGAGGACAAGGACGAGCUGCAGCUAUCCCUGAUGCAGCAUCUGAGGCUUCAGAAGGUUCUAGUAGUGAUUUACGUCAGGGGAUGGCUGCGAUGCAUGGCACUCUAGCGGGGAUUUUGCAAGCUAUUAAUAGAUUGGCGGAUAAUCAGCCUAGACAAGAGCGCAGAGAAGUGGAGGAACCCGUGGUAAAUCUUGGAGUACAGGGGGCGGGAAGCAGUGAUGGGGGUCAACUGUUGAAGAACUUCAUGGCGCUUCGACCACCAGAAUUUACUGGAGGGACGGAUGUAGCAGUGGCGGAGAACUGGAUGCUUUCCAUAGAAAAGCACCUUCGCUCUAUGGGUUGUACAGAUGCCCAAAAGGUGCAGUUGGGCACAUUCCUCCUUAGGGAUGAUGUAGAAAGGUGGUGGGAGACAGUCCGUCAGAGGUAUGGGCCUAGGGAUCCUACCUGGGCAGAAUUUCAAAAUGCAUUUAAUGAAGCUUAUUGCCCAGCAUGGUAUAAAGAGCAGAAAGUGUAUGAAUUUAUAGAGUUGGUGCAGGGCAGCAAGACAGUGGCCCAAUAUGAAGCUGAGUUUAUAGCCUUAGCCAGGUAUGCCCCUGAUUUGAUUUCUACCGAGGAGAAGAAGGCUUUUAAGUUCCAGCGAGGGUUGCGCCCCGAGAUCCGACACGCAUAUGGUGGUGUGAGAGUUACAGAUUACCCCACAGUGGUGCAGAGGGCUUAUGCUAUUGAGCAUGAUCGUGGGGAGUGGAGAGCAGCCCAGGCCUUGUUCAGAGGAUCCAAAGCUUCCCAGGGAUCUACCAGUGGCAAGAAGAGGAGAGGGGAAGUUGGUUCAAGUAGUGAGACUAUGAAGCUUCCAUCCUGUACUCAUUGUGGGAAGAAACACCGGGGGCCUUGUCUCUUCGGGCAAUUGGUUUGCUAUCUGUGUGGCCAGGCAGGGCAUGUACGCAGGGAUUGUCCACGUAGCUUGGAGGUCUCAUCUACCCCCGAGGUGAUUUGUUAUAGAUGUGGGCAUCAGGGGCACAUGGCAAAUACUUGUUCUAGAGCGAUGCCAGGCCGAGGCCAGAGAUCAGGAGGGCUGAGUCAGAGGGGUAGUCACAGGCCAACAGCUUCCAGAGCUUCAGGAGCAGGCCCACGAGGAUCUUCACCGGUUACUCAGCAUUCCAUUGCUGUGGAGAGUCCUCAGGUACAGGGCCGAGUGUUUGCUCUCACAGCAGCUGAAGCGGAGAAGGGGACUAAUACCAUCCAAGGUAUUCUUUCAUUAUAUAAUCAUGAUGUGCGUGCUCUUUUUGACACAGGAUCCUGGCAUUCCUUUAUUGCAUUGCAUGCUGCGAGUUAUGUACCUGAUCCACGGAUUGUGUUGCCUUUCCAUUUGAUUGUGUCCACUCCGGGAGGUAAUCAGUUAUGGGGUAGAGAGGUACUUUUUAACUGUGAAAUUGAAGUCCAUGGUAGGAAAUUACCAGGAGACUUGGUGAUUUUGGAUCUUAGAGACUUCGACCUUAUCUUGGGGAUGGAUUGGUUGUCGAAUCAUUAUGCUAAAGUUGAUUGCCAUCAAAAGAUCAUUCAUGUUGAGCCUCCCUUACAGCCUGUCCUUGUGUAUAGAGGCGUCCAGCCCAUGUUAGUGACUCCCAUGAUUUCAGUUAUGAAGGUUGAGAAGUUAAUGCGUCAGGGUUGUGAAGCUUAUUUGGCAUUUGUGAUGACUGAAGGCAGGAGCAGUACACCACUGACAGAGGUACCGGUUGUAUGCGAUUUUCUUGAUGUAUUUCCAGAUGAACUUCCAGGUUUACCACCUCGUAGGGAAGUAGAGUUUUCAGUGGAAUUGAUGCCAGGUACCCAACCUAUUUCCAAGACUCCGUAUCGGAUGACGCCUAAUGAACUGAAAGAAUUGAAGGCCCAAUUGUAG